AUGAAUGGGAAUGGGAAUUCCAAAGCAACUGAGAGUCGUGGCUUCUCUAGACGCGGGAAUCCUUCAUCGAAGACGUUCAACGUGACUUGGAGCGAUGAGGAGCAGAGACUGCUCGAUAUGUUGCUAGAGCAGUUUCCGGACGGCACCAAGAAUCGAUGGGCGAAUAUCUCGAGGGCGAUGGGUGGUACGCGAACAGCCAGACAGGUUGCGUCGCGUGUACAAAAGUACUUUGCGAAGAUGAAGAAGUGGGGGAUAGAUGUGACCUAG